CCAAUAUCUUACUAUUAGCACUCACUCGUCAUCACUCACACUAUGAAAGACACCGGAAAGAGCCAUAAGGCGAACGGAAAAUCUUCGCCGGAGACAAGGAAGGAUCGGAAAUCAGCGACAGGAACGAGCGGAUCGCCGAAGAAAGGAGGACACGGAGGUAAGUUUACGUGGAUCGGACGUGGCUACGAGGAUCUUCAAAUUGGACCUGAUUACGGAGCAUUGGAUUCCAAGGAUCCGAACUUCGAAGAUCGUGAAGAAAUCGCCGCCGUCUGAGUACGGUGGCUCCGGUACCAGAUCUGCAAUUAUUAGUACUAAUCUGAGAGACGCUAGUUGAUCCGUGUAAUUUGAAGUUCAAUAAAACGAAUCGUUUGUGUAUAAAAUCUCGAUUUGUUUUGCUUUGUAGUAACGAUUCUGUGUAUGUAAAUUCUCCAUUUUGUGCUUCUCUCUUGUAUAUGAGAAUUACUGGUAAUAAUUUUAGUCAAAAGCUA